ACACAGUUGUUUAGCACGGUCCGUUUUCUGUGUUUGGCCUCCAUCUGGCUCAUCAGAUGUCAUAAAUAUGGAUUUCGAUGCAGAUGAAAGUGAUACGUUUCUCCCCGGAUGUGAAGACUCGGCAUGCUUUUGGCUGGGUUUCCAUCCUCUGGUUUACUUCGGCGGUCAGCAAUGCUGGACGGCCGAGCCGCUGGUCCACAGACUCAGUCUGACUCUCCUCAACGUGAUGCCGGCCCACCAGGGGGAAUACCUCUGCAAACUCCGGUCCACUUUCGGAGCAGGGCACAACACAACUACAGUUAUAGUACAAGACUGCAUUGGAAAUUAUAGCUUCUCUGUCAAGGAGUCUCACGCUGAGUGCUGGUUCAGUGGAGUUUAUCCCAUUGGCUCCGUCCACUGGUUCCAGGAAGAAGUUAACUUGACACACUCAGCCAGCACAAAGCAAGAGAUGGACAGUCAUGGACGGUACAAUGUCUCCAGUUCAAUAGAUGUGAAGAAAGGAAACCCGAAUCUGCCGUUUGAAUGCAGACUGUGGAAACCCUCUGGCACUCAUCUGAGUCAAACGCUGCCUCCAAUUGGGAAACAAGAGAGCAGGUCCUCAGGAAGCAAGGUCCAACUGCAGUGGAUCUGUGUGCUGGUGGGAAUCAUGACAUUCAUGAUAUGA